AUGAAUCUAUGCGUUUUACUUUGCGCUGGUGUGCCGAGGUCGUCGACGUACAAAAAGGACUCGAGCUUUCGCAGUUUAACUUAGUAGUAAGAGAGCUACGAACGGUGACGGUUGUGAAAAUCUAGUCGACUCGAACGGUGGUAGUGCUUGGUAGUAUCCCUCAGAAAUUUUCAUUCACAAAAAGAACUGGGCAACGAACCACCCCUUUUUAGGCUGGCUCCUUGCAGCGGGUAUUUGCGCUGCCCUCCCUCCAAAGUACUGCAUUCCAUAGGCCGAAAUGCAGGCCAGCUCUUUUGCUAGCCCAGAAAAUUAACUCCCUCAUUGUUGGUAGAUUUUUUCCGGGAAUAAAAAUUGUAAUUACGCGGGGCGGGAUUCCAAGCUUUUAUACGUUCAACUUGUAAGUGAAGUGGGUGUCAAGUGGAUUUAACAUUGAAUGCUUCCGUCAAUGUGCGAGUGACUGCAAUCUGUUGCAUGUUGUCCCCUUGCUGCUGUCUCUAAGCGCGAAUCCUUUGGUGUGAAGUCGCAGGAAAAAAUAAUGGAUGUGCUCCAUUAAUAGUGUGCAUUUCAAGCUUAAGUGAACGAGGCGGAAUCGGGAGUGUGUGUCGGUGUGUGCGUUGUAUUCGUGCCUGAGGGCUUUUCAUUGAACGUGAAAAUUGCUCGAGACAGGGAUCAAAGCUGCCGUCAUUUUCAUCAUUCUGACGGGAAAGGAUACAAUCCGGAGACCUCAUUCAAAACAUAUCAUCUAAGUGGAAGCACAAAAGCAGCAAUAUCUCGACAUAAUGGGCAUGUGAAAAGAGAAUUUUCCAUUCAACGUCGCCAAACAAAACCGUCAAUCACUAUUCGAUGGAGAUGUAUGGGCAGCAAUGAACUUUACGGGCGCAACCAUAUCAGGACGGUCCCUGCCAGGAAUUUUGUAGGUGUAAAAGAUGUGAAAAGUUCGACUUCUUGUUGGCGCUUUCACUUUUUAUGACCUAAAUAGAAGUCCUGAAAGUUGAACGGGAGAAGAAGAAAAGUAAUUAGAUUAGUACUUGUAUUGCGAGACGACAUUAAGCGUAGAGUCUGCGAGGGAGACUAGAAGACGAGGGUCGUGACGGAUAACACAACGUAGCCAAGUGUUAGACAAAUCAGAAAAGUCAACGAAAUUUCAAGGCCAGACCGUUCCGCAUUAAUUACGCGAUGAGUUUCUUCAGCAGCUUACAACAAUAUGUGACAAGUGGAGUCGCAGGAUUAGGAUUGAGUGGACGGCGUUUUUCAUUGUCGCGUCAGGAUUCGAGUGAGGGAGCGGAUAAGAAUGCACAGCCUGGUGCUGCUCAGGGUGCGGCUGGUGCAGCCGUGCCUGGAACAGUGGCCGGUUCAGCUGGUGGUGGUACUGCUGUGGGAUUAGGUGGAACAGCGAAUAGUAGUCAUGUGCAUGGUUUCCCGAAAGUAGUACCACCGCCAGGAACAGUUACAACAACACAAAAUCUCCCAUCACGACGACAAUCACGAGCAUUGGAAUGUUUAGUUCCGCCACGAACAGGAUCAUUUCGUCAAAGGACUUCACCAGUUCAUCAUCCGGCACCGCAGGACAGACCACCUUUAGCGUUUUGCAAGAGACGUUUGUCAUGGCCCGAGGUUGACCCCAGAUCGACUUCUGGAGUGCAAGAAACAGAUGGCUCGUAUUUUGAGAGCUUUACGGCCCUGGCGUGGAAACGUGAGAAUCGACGAAUGUCCGCGGUACGUGCCGCGGAGACACGUGCAGAAACUUUAUCGGAAAAUGAGAGGGAGCCUCAGUGCGAUGAGUUUUUGGAUCGUAUGGAGGAAAAGGAAAAACUCUACGUCGAGGUUCUGCACACAAUUGCCAAUACAGUUGGAGCCCCGGCACCCGGUGGACAGUUUCCGCACUAUAAGGAGGAAAUGUAUCUACAGGCACAAAGAGCUUUUGGAAUAUCCCCUGACCGUCAUUAUCGUUUAUUGCAUGCGGCUGCUGAGGAGAAACCGAAAAUUGUCGUCCUUUCGGUUGUCGUCCAAGAAGCUGAGGGUCUUGAGGCCAAGGACGCUAAUGGAUUCAGUGAUCCCUACUGUAUGUUGGGAAUUCAGCCAGCUGGAGCACCCCCUGUGUCACCUCAACCGAUGCCGACCACACCCCGCACCCUUAGCGACGUGGGAUUUGACAAUAACACGGACUCACCCUCGCACGAUAAGCUUCGCAAACAUAGUUUUCGAUUAAGCUUUAAGCGCAAAGAUGGUUCCGCGCGACGGGAGCAACGUGACUCACUCGGCGGUCCUGUUCCUGCUAAGUUCAUUCGAGCUACUUCAAUCAAACCGCACACCCUGUGCCCCAAGUGGAUGGAGAAAUUCAAAUUUGACAUAGAUGACAUAAACACCGACAUAUUUCAUUUAGAUAUAUGGGACCAUGAUGACGAGAGUUGUGUCCUGGACGCCGUUUCUCGACUAAAUGAAGUGCGUGGCGUUCGGGGCCUAGGGAGAUUCUUCAAGCAAGUAUGCCAGUCGGCGCGUCAAGGCUCGCAAGAUGAUUUCUUGGGAUGCGUUAACCUCCCCAUUGCAGAUAUACCAUCCACCGGACUGGAGGGUUGGUUUAAAUUGGAAGCACGUAGCCAAAGGAGUACGGUUCAAGGGCGAAUACGUUUGAAAUUGUGGCUGUCGACACGCGAGGAUCACGGCACCUCGGAAGAGGACAAUGCCGCUGAGAUUAGUAAAAUAGAAAAGUUACAUAUGGUGUUCAUGGCGCACGAAUUAUCUACACAUGAACCGUCAUGGACGUGGAACGGCGAAUUACCGGGACCUGCACUCACUAUACUUCAUCAAAUGGCUGUGCAAGGGGACUUGUCCGACUUACAAUGUGUUUUAGCUAGAUAUGUAGCCGCUGUGCGUUUAAAUCGGUCGACACCAAUCGAUCCCAAGUUUGUUCACCGACUAUUAAUAGACGUCGAUAAGUUAUGGAAUCAACCGAAUCAGGAAGUUUUAUCGAGGGAAAUGGAGCAAUGGCUAGCCGAAGGGAUGACGGGAUUUGUCGAUAAAUCGCUUAAUCAAAUUAGGAGGCAUCGCGACGUAUUUCCGGCUCUACAUCCUCCGUCGCUCAUCCGCUUAGAGUUUUUAUUACGCUGUCUUGGAAUGCUUGGCAACAUGAAAGCUUUUCGACAGGUGUGUCCGUUCAAUAAAGGAGUGCGGGGUGAAAUCGUGGGAUCGCUAAGGAAAGGCUCCGUGCAGUGGGCGCAGCAUUUUUUACGUGAGUCACAGCGCUCACAAAAUCCUCUAGUCAAUUUUGCAACUACUUUAAUAGCAGAUUUACAAUUGGGAAUAACAUACUAUCAUCCCCUUUUUGAUUCAACAAAUGGUAUUCAGUAUUUUAGCAUAAUUUAUAAACAAUUCGAUGCGAUUCUGGCCGAAGAAGUUACAUCUCGUAUGGAAACUGGUCAAAUCCCUGGAGCAUCAUUAAGUCAAUUUGCAGUUUUAGAGGGCGAUAAGGAACCUGUGGAUAUACGUCCAUUUGAAAUUUAUUUGGCAUUACAGGAAUUUUCGGUACUCAAACAACAUCUCUCCGUGAUGCCGCAACCACCAGAAAACCCGCUCGCUCUUCAAAACUAUAGUGAGUGGUUCAUGCCGAUUAUUGAACGGUGGCUAAUAGUUAGUAAAGCACGAGCUUUGCAAAGAGUUAGAGCUGCAAUAUCACUGGACCAAAUAUGUGAAGGACAAAGGAUCGUCCGGCAUAGUACAUCGUCAGUGGAUACAGCGUCAUGCUUCUACCAAAUGCGUGAAUUUUGGAAAAUGCUGCAAUGGCCAGACCCGAACACAGCUCCACAUUUCGAAGCGUUGCUUAUAGAUGCGGCCUGCUCUGCGGCUAUGCAUUACAGUGAUUUGAUACACCAAGCAUUAGCGGAUAGCGGCUACUACGAACAAACGGGACCAUUUCGGACUUCAGACGAUAUGUGUGUCACAGUUAACAACUUGGAGUACGUUCGAAGAGCAUUGUCCGACUUUAGGCCCGACGGUCAAUUAUUACAUGAUAAUGCUGAAGCUUUGCUUGAAUCCAGCCUAACACAACUAGAGACAAGAGCUGAAAGGGUUCUGUCAAAGUUAGCCCCUCUGAUGCAAGUCCCCUUGCAAAAAGCAGUAUUUCAUUUGGCCUGGUCGCCUGAUUCGCUUCCGACAAAUCAAGCUAUUGUUCCUCUUCUAGAAUACUUAGAUGUACACCUUUCUGCCUUAAAUAGUGCUCUACUUACUAAGAACUUCAACCGCGCACUGACCCUUAUUUGGUACACCGUGCUCAAUGAGUUGUCCCGACAAAUGGACACAGGAGCGGAUGGAGAUCGACCAUCGAAUUUUCAUGACCGGCUUUACGAAGCUUUGCAACUUCUAGUAGAUUUUUUUAAUGCCGAGGGACUGGGUCUGUCCAUGGAAAUGCUGCACUCAGAAGCAUAUUGGAGGGUUGAACAACGACUUCAGUACCACAAAACAGAUACGGACAAGCUUAUAGAUUUGUUUUACUUACAACGCUUGCAGGAGCAAAUGAUUGCCCCGUUACCCGGACCGUACGGGGUUUUAGCCGUGAGGGCGUACUUUAACCAUGACUCGUUAUGCGUGGAGGUCCUGCAUGCCCGUGAUAUCAUUCCACUUGAUCCGAAUGGUUUCAGUGAUCCUUUUGUGAUCAUAGAGUUGUUGCCACGGAGAGUGUUUACUCAUUGCGCGGAACAACAAACGAAUGUACAUAAGAAAACGUUGAAUCCCAACUUUGAUGAAUGUUUCGAAUUUUCCGUUACCUUGGAGCAAUGUUUGAGCGACGGUGCGAUGAUUGCUUUCACCGUGAUGGAUCACGAUGUCCUUACCUCGAAUGAUUUCGCGGGCGAGGCAUUCCUUGCCCUGGGAAAUAUUCCGGGUGUCGCAGAUUACAGUACGAGCGUUGAAAAUUUCCACGGUCUAAAGCAGGUGGAUUUACCUUUGAUGCAGCAGCACGACAAGAAUCAUCCAAUCCUGCAAAUUCUGGAAUCACGUAUUAACGAUAAAUUAGCUGUCGAAUUUGUACGAAAACAACGAGCUCGGCUCGCAAUGUAAAUCUUGUGGAUUAUAAGUAACAAUGGUAAAUAUCAAUUAAUUAUAUUUAAAGGCGAAGCCAGUGACGACCCGAAGAAUAAAAUAAAUAAAAUUUGAAAUUGUCAUAGUUGAACCAAUUCAAACGAAAACUAUCUUUUGAGAUUUUUUACUUCGUCAACUUUUUUGCAAUGCUUAUGAAAAUAAUAAAGAUUGUACUAAAUUUAGUCUUGCGGCUAUGUUCCUGUUUUGAAGUUAUAACUGUUAAGGAAAACAUUCUAUGUGUCAAUGAAAAAUGAAAAUUAGAUUUCAAUUUUACUUCUUGUACAUGAUUUAAAAAGGGAAAAUUUCUUGAAUAUCUUUGCAGCGCUAUUUAAAUACAUGUGUUCACAUUUCCUUAGUUUGCAUGAAAUUUUCUCCCGGUCAUGGUUUGCUAAUUUCUUUUAUAUAUUUUUUGCAAUUUUUUAUCUAUUUCUCUACAAUGAGGACUUCAAAAACCAUUCCAGCAGCUUUAAUCUACUGGAAAAUCAACUUUUUCCAAUUAUCUGAAAAGAUGCAUAUAAUUGAAAGUAUCUGAACGGGUGAAAAUAUAUGUACGAUGUGAUAAUUUUCACAAAAAAUAUAUCUCAAGUAUGAAAGUCAAAAACAAAAUAUCAUAUUUUCAUGAAAUAUCUACCUACAUACAUAAUAUCAUAAUUGUCACUGUCUUUUAACACAAUUCAAACAACCAUAAAAUAUCUGUCCUUCUGCGUAGAUGGCCAACCUACACUUUACAUACGAAUAGGCAAAGACUAUCAAAACUUUUAGAAUCUAUGGGACUACAUAUUUUUUUAAUAAUAUACUCAUAAACUAUGAUAUUACUAGAUGAAGCAACAUCAAGAGGGAAGCUUAACAAUUAAGAAUUAAACCAACUAAAAUAAAUCAUCAUUAAAAGAACUAAAACGAUAAGAAAAACUAACCAAACUUGCGUGGUAUAAUGCCUUCAAUUCUUUCAAAGCACAAUUGCAACAAGACAAAUUUAUCUACAUAUGUAUGUGAAGUCUUUUCUGAGAUUUUUAUUUGAUUUUUCUAAAAUUGCUAUACAAUCUUCAGAGCUUAAUGGUGAAUUCCGAUAUGGCGAUAUCCAUUGAAUUUCCCUGCUAUCGUUCACCUUAGGAGUAAGCGCCUGUGUUGAAAGGAACGUUUCCAUACAUACAAUCGCACAUACUACACAUGCUGGGUUUCCUGCAAAUGUCCACUAGACAUGUUGUUUUGUAAAUACUAUAAUAUCUCCUACAUGCGAGUGGAUACGGACGUGCAUAUAUCACUUGAACUUUGCUUUCAGUUUUCCAUAGUGGGCUGAAUUUAUGUUGUCACCCGUGGACAAAUGUUGAUUUCAAAUAACAUUCUUUAGUACUUUUAAAUUAUUUCUUUGUUUAGCGGUUAAAAUGGGUCAGUUUUUAUGGCAUAAAUUAGACGAAAGUGAAGACUUUCCCGCGGAUGACCGUAGUCUCAAUUAUUCAUUAAAUAUUGGAAUUGAGGAGUUAAUUAAAAAAGGGCGGGACUAAAAAAUUAGUGUAAAUGCUUAUUUUUGCCACUGACCUGAAUAUAUUUCAAAAGUUUGUAAAAACUUUGUAUAGACUGCAUACUAACACUUCUUUAGAGUAUCUCUUUCAAGAGUAUCUUCCGAGCUAUUGUAUAAUAAAAUGGGGAAAAGUAUUGUCACAUCGCUAUGAAUAUUUGCUAUUGAUAGUAGCAUUAGAUAGUACUCAUCCAAAUCAGAAGAGAAUUUAGCCGAGGAAGCGAUUCUUCAAGUUAUCAAUGUUAAUUUUAAGGCAUCUUUUAUGCAACAAAACAAUGGACACCUGCCAAAAAUCGAAUGCACCUAACUAAUCACUUUUAUACCUACUCUACUAUUAGCGCGUUCUGUAUAAAACUAUCAGAAAACAAAGAUACUUAGAAACUAAAACAAAACUAAUCUGUGUAAUGUUGCUAAAUAAAAUGCCUAUUUAGUCGUUUAUAUAAAAGAAAACCAAAGAAAGCAUGUAAGAGGGAGCGUGAAUACAAAACCAAACACACAAAAGAAUUUUUAUUUUAUAGAAAACUCAAUUUAUCUAUUGUAUUUUUGUCCGAAAUGCUAUACAACCAGAGACAAUUCCAAGCAGAACUUACUAACCUUUGUAUGUAUAUUCUCAAUUAGAUAUCAAUAUAUAUUUCUAUCCAUGUACACUAUCAAUAAAAAAGAGAAAAUGCAUCCUACAAAAGAAAACCAAAAUACUUAAGUGAAGACAAAACGUAAAACAUGACAUGAGGGUCAGUGAAAUAAGUGGAGUUUAUCGAAAAUGAAAGGGUUAAUUAUAUCGUUACAUCUGUAAAACUUAUUUAUAUAAAUGUAAAUGUGAAUAAAAUAAAGUAAAAAUGAACGAUAAAUAAAAAUAA